AGGUCAAUUAAAAGCAACGCGGUGACUGUGGUUUACUAGACACAGACACAGCUGGAGGAGCGAAUCACACCCGAGGAUCCAGCUCGCAUCUAUCGGAGCUCAGCAGAGUCAUACAACGUCGGGAACAGAUCAUGAGCGCCCGCCUAUUGCUAGCUGUCCUGUGGCAGCUGCUCUACCUGUGCCAGGCUGCUCCAGGCUACUCCAACGGCUUCUUCUACCAUGACAUCAUGAACGGCAACGGAAAUGGAGAGAUUCACUUCAAUGGUGUGAAGCUCAUCGUGGAGACUACGGAGUCGUCCAUCUUCGCCGCGCAGGGUGGCAACGUGACGCUGCCGUGCCGGUACCGGUACCAGCCCGAGCUGCGGAGCCCCCGCCGCACACGGGUGAAGUGGUCCUGGGUGCCCGCCCUGGGGGGCAGGGAGCUCGACGUGCUGGCGGCCAUCGGCCAUAGGCAUCGCACCUUCGGCGCCUUCCAGGGACGUGUUCGCCUGCUGCAGGACCCCCCCGGAGAGGCGUCUCUGGUGAUGGCCGAGCUGCAGAUCAGCGACGCCGGGCGCUACCGCUGCGAGGUCAUUGAUGGCCUGGAAGAUGAGAGCGCCGUUGUGGAUCUGGAGCUACGCGGUGUCGUAUUUCCCUACCAGCCCUCCAGAGGGCGCUACCGGCUGAACUUUUCAUCAGCUCAGAAGGCAUGUGAGGAGCAGGGUGCGAUGUUGGCCACCUUCGACCAGCUCUUCAGUGCCUGGGAGGAGGGACUGGACUGGUGCAAUGCUGGCUGGUUGGCUGACGGCACGGUGCAGUACCCAAUCACGGCGUCACGCACACCAUGCGGGGGCCAGGGCUUGGCCCCCGGCGUGCGCAGCUACGGAGCCCGUCACCGGCGCCUGCACCUAUAUGAUGCAUUCUGCUUCUCCCCUUCCCUGUUCGGUGAGGUGUAUUUCCUGCAGCACCCUCGGAGGCUGAACUUCACGGAGGCCUCGCAGGCGUGCGAGGAGGACGGCUCUGAGAUCGCCAAGGUGGGUCAGCUGUACGCGGCCUGGCGCUUCCUGGGCCUGGACCACUGUGAUGCGGGCUGGCUGGCGGAUGGCAGCCUUCGCUACCCGGUCUCCACCCCACGCCCCAACUGUGGCCCCCAGAAGCCGGGGGUGCGUAGCCUGGGCUUCCCCGGCCAGCAUCAAAAGUACGGCGUCUACUGCUUCCGAGCCCCUUAAAUGCUCCUGCUCGCCUCACCCCACCACACCAGUGGGGCCUCCGGGACCUCAUCAGUCCCUCUACAGCUGUGACAUCACCCUGAACCUUCCUCUACUUCUGCCGAGUUGCACUGUGGACUAUCCCCUAACCGCUGGUGCCCCUGGUGGUCGCCUGGGUGCACUGCAUGUUGUGUCGGCACCAUCCCACUGAUGUCAUUCCCAGUGGAAACUUUGGAGAUGGAGAUGAACAGAACCAGAGGACAUCUGCUUCGGGUGAUUGUAGCUAAAAUCUCCUACACGGAAUAUUCAUGAAUGUUUGAAAAUGUUCUACCUAUAUUUAACCUCACGUGUCUUUAUUGCUGUUCUGAACGAGUGAAAUACAAUCUAUCCUUUGUUUUACCACUAAUAAGCCCCCGAUACAGACUAUAUUAAUUUUUGCUUGCUAUACCUAUUUCCAAUCAAUUAUUACCUGAGUAUUUAGAAAGAGAACCUGUUUUCUUUUCAGAAUUAUCUGUGAAGUAUCUCUUAAAUACUACGCUUCUUAAAAAGUGAAAUUUUCUAUGCUUAUGACUUUUGUAUAACAAAAUGCUCAGCCACCAUUGCUGAUUAGCCGGAAAUUGUUUUAUUGCCUUAUAUUCUGUGUCUCCUUUGGGUGAAGUAGUGUUUUUUUUUAGACAGUGGCAUUAUCUUUUGUACACUUCAAAAUAUUAUAUUUUUGUUACUAUACACUGUGAACCUGUACUGGGUAAGCAGUACAGAAUAUAGAUGGAUGAAUGAAUGAUUACAGCAUAUAAGUGGACACUGUGUCUGUGAUUGUAUCUCUAAUUAUUUCUGGAAAAGAUUAUUACUCAGCUUUAAUAGUAUAAUCCCGUAUGUCAUAUCUUCUAAUCAUCUUUAUGCAAAAAUGUAUUGCAGUAAUAGACAUUAAAUAUGCAAUAUUCAGGUUUUAAUUAGGUUAAUAAAUACUUGUAAUAAAAGCAUGGAGAUUUGAUAAGUACAGAGGAAACAAAGCUGAAUACCUUUUACAGAUAUUAAAGAAGAUACUCGUGUAUUUUUCAUUUA